GCGAUUUUGAGUUUAGUGGAUGAUCAGUACUUUGGGGAUCUUUAGCACAUAACCAUCGGCGAUGUAAGCUUAGGAUGCUCUCCAUAAGAUGCACUACGCACGUUCUAGCUUAAGUAGUUGUUUGCUACUGUUUUACUUAGUGUUUACCAUUGCAAUCGGUCGUAGCCAACGGACAGCUGUCGAUGGCGGAGUCGCAAGUAAUGCCAGCCGGCUUCUUGCGGCGAGCUAUAACGAGGUCUACGAGCCAACGCCUACGACGUUCCUGUCCUUUAUGUCGGGCGUCCCGCUGAGCCUGCGCCUUGGGCGUGCCUGGUGGUCACAAAAGUCGAGUAGGCUUCCCGUCACCAUGUUCACGACGGCAACGAUGGACCGCCUUGACAUGCUGGAGACACAGUGCCGGAACUACGCCGGCGGCCCGCAUGCUUCAGCGGUAUACUUGCCGUUGGUGCAAAGCAAUAGCGCUGAUAAGUUGACUUACGAAAACGAGCAGACAUUGCUGGCAGCUGAGGCACGGAUACAGGAGCUGUUUCACCGAAUGGAGGCAGAUCCCCAAGCUUGUCACAUGCGUGUUCAUCUCUUGUACGAAGUUACCAGCGACUCGGCGCUAGCCUACCUCACGCCCAUCAACGCCCUACGGAACGCUGCGCUCCUGGCUGCAACCACACCGCUGGUGAUGAUGAUUGAUGUCGACCUAUGCGUCAGCCGGACUCUGGUGCAGCUGCUGUCAAGUCCUAGCAACACGCUACAGAUAAUGACUAGAACCGACAAGAUGUUUUGGGUCUUGCCGGCAUGGGACGUCAGCAAGAGCCUUGCUCCUGGUGAAGUGGACACAGCUGCAACGUCUGCAAUCUCCGGUGACAAGUCGAACCUGGUCAAGUUGCUGGCAGCUGGGCAGCUGAGCUGGUUUGGCCAGUCCUACUUCCAGCGCGGUCAUGCUCCGACGAACUAUACCCGGUGGCUUCUAGGUCGGCGGUCAUACCAGGUUGGCUACAGUCUGGGGUACGAACCCUGGGGCAUCGUAAGGAGGGAUGAAAUGCUCAUGGCGCCGUACGACGCCCGGUUCCGAGGGUGCUAUAACGACAAGAUAACGCAGGUUGUUUCUCUGCAUCAUGCGCGCGUGGAGUUCAGGACCCUGCCCAACGCAUGGGUUGUGCAUCGGCCACAUGCGCUAAACCCAGCCGCAGCCAUCGGGAAAUCAAUGCUGAACAGUACGACGUCUCAACAUGGCGUCGAGGUGCUGCAGGAGAUUGCGAGCGUGAACGGAAGAAACAUGACGAAGUUCGAGCACCACAAAGAUUUGUCCCAUGUGCUUAUGGACGAUUCAAUAGUGCAAAUGCUUGCUGGCAAGUACCGGCCUUACCCUGGCAAGCAGUUCACGUACUGCCGCUCAGUGUUGCCGUGGCAGUUGCCUGCGAGUAGACGGGCGGGCAUUGACAUCCAACGGCGGUCAUGACACACCUUGACACCUCAUGUAACUGCAUUCUCGCGGCUCUUAAGGGUCCCCAUGCAUCAUGUGUACUUUGCAGUUUGGUGCAGUUUGGAGGCUGCGCAGGAUACUCGCUGCAGUUUGCCGCGCUGUUGCUGUCACCUUGCGGGCAGGAAUGUGGCAGGGUACUUUCCGGGUAAGCAGUACUUGCGUAGGGUUGGGUUCCUAACGGUCAUUCAUUCAUUCAAUUUGCAACGAGAAAACUAACGAAGGAAACUAAGUGUGGAGGGCAUGUUGGUGGUCUGACAUUGUGGCGAACGUCUCCACUUG